CAGAGGUUAGGAUUUACAGUACAUUAUUUUUAGGGGUUACAGUUCAGUCCAUAACAGACCCUUUUCUGAUUAUCUGCAGCAUUUGAAUUUACAAUGUUAAGUUUUACUGUUCACUUUCCUUAGGAGAGAAUUUUACAUGAUUUUUGAUGUGUUCAGCUAAGCUAGCCUGUUGGAGUUGUAUUUCCUGAUUACUAAAUUAGGUGAUGCAGCUGUUUGGUUCAAGGACCAUGUUGUAAGCCUUGUAAAAUGUUCAAUAAGCGAAAGAAGACGCUCGAUAAUGAUAGUUGGCUAAUUCUCGCAGAGCCAGAGGAAGCGUCUCCCUCGGGGAGUGCUGUUACUGGGUGGGUGUUUCGUGGGCUUCAAGAAUUGAUGUUUAUUUUCUUACCAUUUUCUUGAAAACAGACGAUGAGAGGCGAACUGCGCUUCGAUAUUACAAAAGCUGGUACUCUCCAUGGGUUUACAGCCUGGUUCAGUGUUAGGUUCCAGAACCUGGAAGAAGACAAACCGCAGCUGGUUCUGAGCACCGGCCCAUUCCACCCCAUGACCCACUGGAAGCAGACCUUGUUUAUGAUGGACGAUCCCAUCUCGGUCCACACGGGAGAUGUGGUCACAGGCUCGGUGGUGCUGCAGAGGAACCCCGUGUGGAGAAGGCACAUGUCCGUCACCCUGAGCUGGUCUGUCACUUCCGGACAAGACCCCACGUCGCAAAGGGUUGGAGAAAAAAUCUUCCCAAUCUGGAGAUGACACCUGAGGUUCUGCGUGGGAGGCGGUGUGCAGGUUUCGGGGGAACAGACGCGAGUGAAGGAGGCUUUGCUGGAGGCUGAUGCCUCAUCCUGGGAAGGUCCACGGGCUUUCGCCCUGCACUGACUCUCCUCCCAGUGUGGCGGACGGUGACACACUGUGACCUGCAGGCUUGGUGACAUCGUCAGGGUCCUUCACAGAAAAGUGCGCUUGGGGCCAGCAGGAGCUGCCCUCACCGCUGUCACUGCCCCAGUGUCUGUUGUGUUAGAAGUAGGCUGUGUUUCCAGGCGUUCAUCCCGUGGUACCUGUGGGGCCCACCGCUGGGCAAUUCAGUGGUCCAGUGUUCCUAAGCUCGGUCCAGUUCUAACUGAAACACCCAGGUCGUGUCACAUCAACCACUGUUCACUCCUGUGAAAGUAACGGUUCAUGCAUCGUAUGUUUCAUGGUGUCCUUACUGCUGCCGGUUCAUCUGCUCAACAGGUGGGAGGUGGGCUCCUGCAAAGCCGAGCUGGUGGCGUGGGGGGGAUACUGAGCGGCUCGCGGCGUGAGAGCCGGUGCUGGCGCGUGCAUGCGAUCGACUCUGCAUGGGGUAGUACAGUUGUGUAGAAGUCUUCCAGACAGAUUAUGUGUUGGCAUACAGUAGGCACUCAAUAAAUAUUUUUUCAUAAGUGAACGUUGGUAUCAAUCCUGCUUCUUCUGUUCAUUGUGUUAUGUUUUAUAGCCAUGGGAUCAGGCGACACUCCAUGUUUUAUAACCUCUUCUGAUCUUAGGAAGAAACUUUUCAUGUCAGUAGAUAUAUGUUGACAUUUUUUGUGUGUUAUUUUGAUUUUUAGUGAACUUUUUAUUGAAAUAUAAAAUAUAUAUACCAAAAAUUGCACAAAUCAUGAGUGUACAGAUGGAUGAAACGUCAUAAAGUGGUCACACAGAUGUAACCAGCACCCAGGCCAAGGAACGUCCACAUUCUGGAAGCCCCCAAGUGCCCCUUCUAUUCACAGUCCACCUCCAAGGGUAGUGCCUUGAUUUCUAACUCCACAGAUUACUUUUGCCUGGUUCUGAACGUUAUAUGAAUGGAAUUGUACAUUGUGUACACUUGUGAGAUUCAGGGAGUUUGUGUACGUCCUCCUCGUGUAGUAUUGUACUCUGUGGAUGAGCCACAGUUCAUCUCUCUCAUUCCCCUGUUGACGGACGUUUGGUUGUUUCCAGUGCUUAGCUGUCAUGAGUCGUGCUAAUGAGAACAUUUCUGUACCUGUCUUCUGGCGCACGAGAGUUGAAAUGCCCCACAUCCUUGUCAACUCCCAGUAUUGUCUGUUUUUAUUUUGCCAGCUCUGGUGGGUGUGUGAAUUUGAUACACAUUUCCUUGAUGACUAAUGCAGUUUCAUAUGUUCAUUGGUCAUUUGAGUAUGUUUGAAGUGCUUUUUCAAGUCUUUUGCCCAUUGUACUAUAUCAGGGUUGUCUGUUUUACUUACCGAUUUUGUAGAAGUUGUUAAUAUAAUCCGGCUCGGAGUUCCUUAUCAGAUAUAUAUUUUACAAGUAUCUUCUCCUACUGUGUAGUUUAUUCUUUCACACUCUUAAUAGUCUUGUGAUAAACAGAAGUUCUUAGUUUUUAUGUCGCCCAAUUUGACUUUUUUCCUUUUGUGGUUAAUGUUUUUUCUGUACUGUUUAAGAAAUCUUCGCCUGUCCUAAGAUCAUAAAGAUAAUUCUAUAUUUUUCUUAUAAAGCUUAUUAUUGAUAAAACAAGCUUUAAAAGAAAAUGCGGGAGAAUAUGAUGUUAGAAUAGGCAAAAAUUUCUUAAACAGCACAGAAAAAGCAUGAACCAUAAAAGAAAAAAAAAAGUUGUCAAGGAUUUCACUUUACUUGGAUCUAGAAUCAACGCCCAUGGAAGCAGCAGCCAAGGAAUCACACAACGCGUUGCACUGAGAAAAUCUGCUGCGAAAGAUCUCUUCAAAGUGUUAGAAAGCAAAGGUGUCACUUUGAGGACUAAGGUGCGCCUGACCCAAGCCAUGGUGUUUUCAGUUGCGUCAUAUGCAU